AUGAAGAUGAUGGGCACCUUGCUUUGGCCCCUCUUCUCAAUGCUAUCAUUGUCAGAAGAAAGUCAGACCUCUAAAAUAGACUUCAAAUAUAACUUUACUAAAAAGAAUUAUUCUUUGAUUCCAGCAGAUGUUGAUAAAAACGUUAAAAUAUUGGAUCUCAGUUACAACCAAAUUACUCUGAACAUUACAGACAUAAGGAUUCUACAGACAUACCUUUUACUUACUGAACUCUAUUUGAUUAAGAAUAGAGUCUCUAUCUUACAAAAUAAUAGUUUUGGUAACCAGUCCAAUCUAGAAAUUUUAAAUGUCUGUAGUAACUCCAUCCAUGUAAUACAACAGGAGGCCUUUGCAGGCUUAAUUAAACUACAACAGUUACAUCUCUGUCAAAACAAAAUAUUACAACUGAAUCCUGAUGUAUUUGUACCAUUACAAAGCCUGACACUACUAAAUCUCCAAAGCAAUUUGAUAAGCUAUUUUGAUUUACCACAACUGUUUCAUCUGGAAUCAAUAACUUUAGAUGGAAAUCCAUGGAAUUGCUCUUGCAGCCUAUUGAAUUUGCUCAAUUGGUUGAACACAUCACAUGUGACACUAGAAAAUGAGAACCUCACCACAUGCAGUUACCCAGCUACCCUGAAGAGCUACAGUAUCAAAACAGCACCUUUUGCAGCUGAAUGUCACUCACAAUUUCCUUCAUCUGCAACUGAAGAUCUAUAUAUUAAUUUUCAAUCCAUUAGUAAUUCAACAUUUAACAGCUCUCUGAACAACUUAACAAGAAAUUCAGAACAUGAACCUAUUGGGAAAAGCUGGGCUUUUCUUGUCAGUGUUGUAGUCACUGUGUUGGUGACUUCACUCGUCAUUUUUAUUGCUGUCAAAUGCCCAGUGUGGUAUAAUUUUCUGCUUAGUUACCAACAUCAUCGCCUAGAAGAGCACGAAGCAGAAACCUGCACAGAUGGUUUUACUGAAAAUUCAAGUUCCCUUCCACAGAUACAAGAUGCAAACUCUGAAGAAACAAUAAUAUUUAAACAACUAAAUUCAUUUGUGGUAGAUGAUGAUGGAUUUAUUGAAGAUAAAUAUAUAGAUACUCAAGAACUAUGUGAAGAAAAGUAA